CAGAAUCGACGGCCUGGAAUACCGGUUUCUAACUCACGUGCUGAAGAACUGGAAAUUGCGAUUUCUGUUCCAGAACGAAUCUAUAAUAUCAUCCACCGUAUAUUCAUCAAUGUUUAAAGAAUUAGCUGAAGGACAAAGUGAUGUGGUUGCAUGUGGAGUCUGGCAAUCUUCAAACCGUUCCACCAAAGAUUUAACAUCUUAUUUCGACGACAUGUGCAGCACCUGGAUAGCGCCGAAACCCCAGAGACUUGAUCCAGCAUCUCUGAUUUACUUGACACUGAGCACACCCGUGUGGGGCUUGUACAUUUUCUGUUUCAUUUGCACUGCAACUCUGUUGACAACUAUAUCGAAAAUCGAGGAGGAAAUUAGGAACACCAAAAUUGCAUCGUCGACGCUUGGUCGAUCUUUUCUGGACGCAACAAAUGCGGCCACAUCUCAUGGAAUUACAAAUUUCCCCAAUCAGAUCUCGGUUCAGGUUCUUCUGAUCAGUUGGCAUCUACUCAACCUAUUGGUUGGAGCUGGCUACACCACGAUGUACACUUCGCGUUUAACAAAACCUGGCUAUACAAAACCGAUUGAUACUUUUGAGGACUUUGCUGAGCAAGGAAUCUCCUGGAUAACGAGACUUCCGUACAAAGUAGUAACCACCGCGUUAAACGAGUCGACAAGACCAGCUUUCCAACACAUUUACAUGAGUAAGCUAACCGAAUACAACGAUGAGCAACUGGUGAAAAGUCUCCGUACCGGUCAUUAUGGCGUCUUCAUGACAAUUCGUUCGAAUAAAUAUCCCGUCGAUCUUGAGCGCAUCACUCAUCCCAGUGGAGCCGGCAUUUGGAAUUUAUUUCGAUUUAUGAAGGUUUGCUUCUACAGCCACUUCUCGGUAUUUUCGUUGCGUAAACACUCUCCGUAUACGGUGCUGUUUAACAGUCACAUCAAGAGAUACCAGGAGUGUGGUAUUAUCAAACAUUGGUAUGAAGAACUGUACAGAAAAGAUGAAUUGAUCGACACGCUGUUUGAGACACAUCCCAGAGGUAACAACGAACCGAAAUCGUUAACGCUAUGGGAUAUGAGGGGAGCGUUUUUUGUCUUAUUAACAGGACUUUUCAUUGCCAUUGUAGCUUGUUUGUGUGAGUUCAGUUUCGUGGUGUUGAAAAAAAUGUUAUCCAGCAAAUAGAAUAAGUCUCGAG